GGCCACCCAGAUCAAGACCUACUCCUGGGACAAUGCUCAGGUCAUCCUCGUGGGGAACAAGUGUGACCUGGAGGAUGAGCGUGUCGUGCUUGCGGAGGACGGCCAGAGGCUCGCCGAUGACCUUGGUUUCGAGUUCUUCGAGGCCAGUGCCAAGGAGAAUAUCAACGUGAAGCAGGUCUUCGAGCGCCUGGUGGAUGUCAUCUGUGAGAAAAUGAAUGAGUCCCUGGAUCCCAGCUCCAGCCCGGGCAGCAAUGGGAAAGGCCCCGCCUUGGGGGAUGCCCCACCUCCCCAGCCUAGCAGCUGUAGCUGCUAGAGAGGGUACCCAACCCCCACCCACCCCCUCCUGCCUCGGCAGGGAAUGUGACUGAGGCAUGAGCCACAAGGGCUAUUUUCAAGCUCAGGGCGCCCCCCUUCCCUCCUGUCAGCUGUCAGCUGCCCCUCACUGCCCGCAUGGCUCGUUUCCUCACGAUAGCCGCCAGCUGCCCAAGCAGCCCCUGUCGCAAGCUCCAGACCCCAGGACUCUGCAUGAGAGGCAGGGUCUGGGGAUGUUGACAUGCACGCGCUUGCUGCCUUCCGGUGUUUCAGUGGGCGCACAUGGGCAGCCUGUGGGGCUUCCACAGUGCCUUCUGGGUUCGAGCCAUUGUCCACAUCCGUCCUGUGCUGGGCCUUGUCUGGAGUUCACGAGCUGCUGAAGGGGGUUAGCCUUCUUCCUCCCGCCAUGCGGGUUCUCAUCCUUGGAGAUGGGGAAGGAGGCUCCUUGCUCGGGGUCCCCUGCUCUGAUCCCGAGCCUGCCCGUCGAUCUCUGAUCUCAAGGCUCCAAGGUGGGGAGGUGACUUUGGCCCUGGUAGACCCCUCCCUUCUGGCCUGCAGAUCCUCUGUCUGUGAGAACAGUAUUAAAGCAGCUUUACCUGUUGGGGAGGGAUAGGGGGUCAGAACCCCUGGCUUCGGGGACCCCGAAGUGCCUUCUGAGUUUCCCCAGAAUUCCGCAUCACCACGACCCUGCCACUGUUUUGGCUGAUCCAUGGUGCCCCUGAUCCGGGAUUGAGUUCUGGAAUGAGGUACCGUGUUAGGCCAGGCAGAGAAUCGCCAACCCCCUGGCCUUACCGUUUGGGGCUUUUUGCCAGGAGUUAACCUCAGAGCCAGGAGCCCCGGCCCUCCUGCCCAAACCUGCCUCCCUGGGCCCAUUUGGUGAUGUUUUAAGCAAGGUCUUUCCACAUCUCACAUCCGGCUAGAGAAGGAAAUUGAGCAACGUUCCCAUAGCCCUCCCUUGCUGGUGACUUUCUGCUGUAAGGGCUUCUUUCACCUGAGCACCGGUUGAAGACCCAGGGUCCGCGUCCUGAGCCAUGUCAUCGGUGGGGCCCAGAGAUGGGACCUCUUUUUGCUAAUGGAGGAGUCACUCUCAGGAAUGUUUGGGGUUUGGGCUGGAGGAGUGAGAGGGUAGGGUUGUGUAACUACGACUGCCUCUUGCACUUCAUGAUACAGCUUGGGAGUGGCAGGCCGAUGGGGGAUGGGCUGGGGUCAGUCUCCCUGCAUGAGGCUCGGGUUCCCAGCUGCCCCGGGCUCCUGCUGCGGGAGGUUAUGUGCAGUUUGGGGAUCUACCCUCUUCACACGCACCCCGUACAGCUCAGUGGCCCUUUCUGCCCUGGAACACCAGCCGACACCCCAUAACUUGACAGACACUGUGAGGACAGCCUACACCGAUAGUUUGUGUCCCCAAUCCUACUGUCCCCGCCCCUGCUGGCAAGACGACCUCCUGUAGCCUUAAAGGUCUCCGCCUCCUCCGCUGCGGUAUGGGGAAGGCCUGGUUCAAGUUUAACAGUAGCUCCCGCCUUUCUGGAAACUCUAGAUAGAACCCGUUUCUAGAGGGCCCUACGUGCCCCGUACCAGGGUCUGCCCUGAGACUGUCAGAGUGAGGAUAUCUUUGUACACCAACAAGUUAAACGACUGGCGAAAGGACCAAGCUUUGGGAGACACACAAAGUGAGAAGAUCUGAAAUCAGAAAUGUUCCUUGCUUUAACAUAAAAGUGAAAUUUAAUUUAGUUAAAAGUCUUCUUAAGUUGCACCACGGGCUGUCAAGAUGUCACUGGCCGGUCCAUUCUCGCCGAGCUGCUGCCAGGAAAAACGGUGGGUCAAGAGGGACCAGCCUAUUACCACGGCCGUGUGAUGCAGCGCUGGCCGCAUCGUGUAUCUGACUCGGUCUAAGCUUUCUGUGUGCACAGAGUUUUUCAACCGUUCAGCUUCAAGUAACAACUGAGACAGCUGCCGCCGGGUUCUCUCAAGACUGGGACGCACGUAGGAGCAGAAUAUGUAUUUUUGUUUCUGCUAAAAAUAAUGCAAGUUUUUAUUUCAUGACGUUUGGGGGGGAGUGUUCCCUCAAGAUAGUCUCUGGGGAACAGAAAUUGAUGUCCUCCCAGGUCACUGAGGGGAGGGAGGCUUGUUGAGUUUACAAACAAAAAUAAACCAAAGGCUGUGGGAAAACCACCUCCCAGCUGCCGGGAGCCGGGCCGGGAGCCCUCGCCUGAGCCUGGGUCCUGCCUGGGUGCUGUCCCUUCUUACCAUUUGCUUUUAGCAACUUGUCUUUCCACAGGCAGUUCCUUGGGAAACUGCCAUGAUUGCUGUGGUGUAGGGUUUUGCUUUCUUUUCUUUUUUUCCUGGCUUCUCUGGGGGUCAUAUUCUUGUGUCAUUCUCUCCAACUAAACUUAGAAAAACAAGCAAAGGGUGAAAUUUGGUCUCCGUGUGGAAGCGCUAAUUCUGCUAACUGGCUUCUUCUCCCCCAUGAUCCCAAAACACUACGGAGAGAGCCCUCGGCCUGCUCACUUCUGCCCUGGAUGUGGCUCUCCUGCGUAAGCGAUUCUUUGAUGACCAUUGGAAAGACGUUGCACUUUUCUCCACACGAAAAAACAAUUAAAGCCAUUGUGCCCAGA